UUGAAUUAACUAAUUUGUAACCUAUUCCUUCACCUGGUGAGUCCACAGCACAGCUCCGAGCGGCGAGCAUACAUCUCUCUGUCUUUCAUACUUCUCAGCACCACCGCUGCCCGGAACACUCCCCACCUCCUCCGUCGUUGCCGGCUCGCACGACGCUUCUGUUGAAGAAACUAAUUUGAUACUCCCUCACUUGCUUCUUCCUUUGUUAACUCUGGCAAACAACUCAUGGUGUUUGGUCAGAGAGAUCGUAACAAGCCUUUUGUGGCUCGUCGAAAUUACCAACCCAAUGCCAAUGCCAACGCCAAUCGGAAUAACCAAACCCAUUCCUCUCCCCGGAGACAGAAGAUUAUAGAGCAGAGAAAGUCACUUCCUAUUGCUUCGGUUGAGAAGAGAUUAAUUGAAGAGGUUCAGAAGAAUGAUAUUUUGAUUAUUGUUGGUGAAACUGGAAGUGGAAAAACUACACAGAUUCCACAAUUUUUAUUUCAUGCUGGAUUUUGCCACGACGGGAAAGUUGUUGGGAUAACUCAGCCGAGACGUGUUGCUGCUAUCACUGUGGCCAAGCGUGUUGCUGAAGAAUGUGGUUAUGAGUUGGGCCAAAAGGUUGGGUACUCUGUUAGAUUUGAUGAUUCUACUUCCAACUCAACAAGGAUCAAAUAUAUGACAGAUGGGUUGCUUCUGAGGGAAGCGUUGUUGGAUCCUUAUCUUUCUAAGUAUUCUGUUAUAAUUGUCGAUGAAGCACACGAGAGAACUGUCCACACUGAUGUCUUGAUGGGCUUGCUAAAAAACGUGCAACAUGCUCGCUCAAAUUCUAUCAAAGAUGGUCGGAACCUUGAUAAUGGGAACAAGAAUACGAAUGGUUUCAUGUUGUUGGAUAAAGAUAAUGGCCAAAAUGGCAGUUUUCUUAGAAAAGGCCACCGCGAAAAGAGUUCUCCGUUGAAGUUAAUCAUCAUGUCUGCAAGUCUUGAUGCUCGCACCUUCUCUGAGUACUUUGGUGGUGCCAAAGCUGUUCACAUCCAAGGGAGACAGUUUCCUGUGGAUAUAUUUUAUACCCGUCGUCCCGAAACAGAUUAUGUAGAUGCUGCCUUGAUAACGAUUUUCCAGGUUCAUCAAGAUGAGGCUCCUGGUGAUAUACUAGUAUUUCUGACUGGGCAAGAAGAGAUUGAUGCUGUUGAAAGGCUUAUCAAAGAGCGACUUUCAAAGUUACCUCAAGAAAAUCAGAAGCUUCAAGUUUUGCCAAUAUAUGCAGCUCUUCCAUCUGAGCAGCAAAUGCGAGCCUUUGAACCGGCUCCAUCUGGGUUUCGCAAGGUGAUAUUGGCAACUAAUAUUGCUGAGACAUCAAUUACGAUUCCUGGAAUCAAGCAUGUAAUUGAUCCUGGACUUGUAAAAGCGCGUUCCUAUGAUCCUGGAAAAGGCAUGGAAUCUUUGAUUGUAGUACCUACAUCCAAGUCCCAGGCAUUGCAAAGAAGUGGGCGUGCAGGGCGUGAAGGACCUGGAAAAUGCUUUCGGUUAUAUCCAGAAAAUGAAUUUGAGAAACUUGAAGAUUCUACAAUGCCGGAAAUUAAGCGUUGCAACCUUUCUAAUGUCAUUUUGCAGCUUAAGGCUUUGGGUGUUGACGACAUAUUAGGGUUCGAUUUCAUUGAGAAACCUUCGAGGACAGCUAUUAUAAAAUCAUUGGAGCAGCUAUUUUUGUUGGGUGCUUUGACAGAUGACUGUCAACUAUCUGAUCCAAUUGGACGUCAAAUGGCCCGACUUCCCUUGGACCCAGUUUAUGCCAAAGCUCUUAUUUUAGCAAGUCAGUUUAACUGCUUGGAAGAGAUGUUGAUAGCUGUUGCAAUGCUUUCUGCGGAAUCCAUAUUUUAUUUUCCGCGCGAGAAGUAUGAAGAGGCAAGAACUGCAGCUAAGAGCUUCGCAAGUCCAGAGGGAGACCACAUCACUCUGAUUAAUGUGUAUAGAGCAGCUACUGAUUUUUUGGAGAAGAGAACUAUUGAAACUAAUAAAACAAAAAAUGAAAAGGAUUUUAGAAAAUGGUGCAAAGAAAAUUUUAUAAAUAGCCGUUCUCUUAGACAUGCUCGUGACAUUCACAGGCAGAUUCAAGGACAUGUUCAACAAAUGGGUCUGAAACUUGCUUCUUGUGGAGAAGAUAUGCUUCAAUUUCGCAGAUGCCUUGUUGCUUCCUUUUUCCUCAAUGCAGCUGUGAAGCAGCCAGAUGGAACCUACAGGGCUUUGGCAAGCGGUCAGGUGGUGCAGAUACAUCCUUCGUCUGUAUUGUUCCGGAAGAAACCAGAGUGCAUAAUAUUUAACGAACUGAUUCAAACUAAUAACAAGUAUGUCCGUGAUUUAACCAGAGUUGACAACCUAUGGUUAACUGAACUGGCUCCUCAGUUUUAUGCUAUGCAGAAUUAAGUUCUUGAUGGGGCUUUACACAGAUAUAGGUGCAAGCUUCAGAUUAUGUCCGACCACUGUUUGCAGAGCUAGAAUUUGUGGCUUUCAGUGACGAAAACUUUCUUUAAGAGGCAUGUCUUUUGUAUUUUGUAACCAUUGGUGUCUAAAAAUGGAGAUGCCACCGAGUACUCCAAUGACAGGCCCCCUUUGCUGAAUUGUUGCCACCUUAUUUUCUCUUGAGCAGCUUAGGUUACCGAGGUUCAAGAACGCAACGAAGUUUGUGGAAGGGGAUGCAUCUCAUCUUACAGUUGAGAACCUCGUUGUAGCGGUGGUUUGAACAAUGUAAUUGAAUACACAGACUAUGACAUUGAAUAUUUAAUCUUACCUUAAAAAUUUUGAGGGAAAAGAAAUAGAUGAUGAGUUGGCAAUUUUCAAGUAGAUGUCAAUGAAUUAAUAUGAAUUGUGUUAUUAAUCGGAAAAAUCAUUUUUUGAAA